GACGCGGGGUGGGGGCGGGGACCGUUGACCCCCCCCCCCCGUCACCAGCGGCGCGGACGUCGAGCGGGAGCGAGCGGGGAUGGAGCGCGCACGGAGAGACCUGAGCGAAGUUUAUUCCAGACUGUUUGAUCACAGGCCCGUCGUGCAGGCAGAAAUCCGCUAUUUUGUAAAGGAGUUUGAGGAGAAGCGUGGAUUUCGAGAACAAAGAGGGCUUGAAAACGUGGACAGUACGAUCAAGGAAUUCAGCACGCAGUCCUUUCCGGAUGUCUGUGAGGACCUGGGCAGCAGCAUUCCCACCGUUCUUCCCCGAUUGGAAGCUGCAAUCCAAAUUACAAACAGAAUCCAACAGAAGGAGCAGGAGGCAGAUCAGAGUGACCGGCUGCAAGCCAGCAGAGAGAGGCGCAAGGCUGAGUGGGAGGCCUUUGUGAAAGAGCAGCAACGCAAAGCUGCAGAGGUGGAGGCAGAUCACACAAAAGCGGCCGAAUGGCUGAAGCAACAGUAUGCAGCGAUGGAGAAGGACUUGGCAAAGUUUACCACAAUCUGAGUGAUCCUCAAAUGCUGCUCUUUCCUGACCAAGACCGGAUUGGAUGUGACCAUGGUGCUUAUCACUGAAGCUGCAGGAGAGAACAUUGAAAUUAAGUUAUUCCAUUCUGCAUUUAGUGUGAGAGCGGCUGCAAUAUGUUAUGUUUAUGAAGGUUUUUUCGAUGGAGAAAAUUAUACAGCAAAUUUUCCAUCACUCUGCAACAGCAAAGCUGUAAACAGUUACAAAUCACCUGGGCAAGCUGUGUGACAAUGUUUUUAUAAAAGCCUUAUCAGUGCCAUGCUUCAAUGCUUUGUGAUUACUGGCAUAACGCUAUUGAUAAUAUGUAGGUGGUGAGAAAUGAUGGACUGGUAUUUUAUUUAAAGCAUUUAGGAAUUUGACAUGCUUCUGCCAAUCUACACGCUAAAGUGUUCUGUUGUUAAACCACACUUAUCUCAAUUCCACGAGAGAGCUUUGCAAUUUGGAGAGGUGAAAAACUGAAAGGAGUGCCCGUGUGAAUUCAUGAGUUAGUGUCAAAACACAUUCUUGGCAGCGUGCUGAAAUAGUAAUAAAACCGCUGGAGCAGAUGAAAUAAAUAUUUUAGACUGGUUUUGAUAACAUUCAUGGUUUUCAUCUACCACUGUGUUUUGAUCUUCAUCAAUCACUGGUGCACCAGAGUAAAUGCACCAACAGCAAGGAGUUUUAACCCAAGUUAAAAGCAAAAGUUUGGCGUUACUUAAAUUUAUUUGUGGGACGGGGUUGGAACGAUCCUUUGUUCUUAAAAGCAGCUCAAGGAACUUCAAAAUGUCUGGAACUUUUGGGCUAAUUUGCCGGGCCACUUCAUAAAAGUAAUUAAGCGACAUUUAUAUUUAGAGGAAAAUGUUAGAUUGAUUGCAUCUUAUAUGUUAUGAUUUGACUGGAUGGCAUGGCGAUGAAGGGUUUUCAUUGUAUCGUGGUAUGUGACAAUAAUAAACCAAUACAAAAGUUUGAAA